ACAUAAACUCUUUCAACCAGCAGAGGGCGACACCGCGUUUGCACACUCAUUUUUGGUCUUCCCGAGUUGCCGUAAACAGACCAGACUCCGUAUCAACAACACCGGUAGUGGUUGUGUUUACAUGUCGCCCCUCUUCGUCUUCUGUGGUUCGUUUGUCGCAGUUAAUGAACCGGUCGCGUCCCGCAGGUCUCUCCGGCCUGUGUCCGGUCACCGAACAUCUUUAUCUCAGUAACGGCAGAGCCGCGGGUGACUCCGUCCAGGUGAGUCGGUGUGAAAUCACCUGCGUCGUUAACGUGAGUGGCAGCCGGAACAGCUGCCCCUCUCCUACCGUGGUGGAGUAUGUCCACAUCCCGCUGCCUGACUCCCCGCUCUCCCCGCUCUGCCUUCACUUUGACCCGGUGUCAGAGAAGAUCCAGGCUCACGCUCGGAGCGGAGGCCGCACGUUAGUCCACUGUAACGCCGGCGUGAGCCGCUCCGCCACGCUGUGCAUUGCUCACCUGAUGAAACACCGCGACGUGACUCUGCUGGAGGCCCACGCGUGGGUCAAGUCCUGUCGACCCAUGGUGAGGCCCAACCACGGCUUCUGGAAGCAGCUCGUCCAGUACGAGAUGCAGCUUCGUGGCUGCAACUCUGUCCACAUGGUGUCAUCGUCCAUAGGAGAAAUACCAGACAUUUAUGAGGGGGAGAUCAAAAACAUGGUGCCUUUGUGACGAGCUCACGAGGAGGACUUCAGUAUUUGGACCUCAAAGAUGAGGACUUCAGUAUUUGGACCUCAAAGAUGAGGACUUCAUUAUUUGGACCCCAUAAUGAGGUCUUUAUCAUUUAAACUUCAUGAUUAGGACUGAAGAAUGAGGUCUAGGUCUGCCUACUACUAAUAACCAAUUACUAUUUCAAUUGGAAACGAUUUAGAUAAUAAGUUAAUCAGUCUUUUUAUAAUUUAAAGAUUUUCCAGUUUCUUAAAUGUGAAUAUUUUUUUAUUUUGGUUUGUGGACAAAACAAGACAUUUGAGAACAUCUUUUAAAGAUUUUGGGAAACACUGUUCAACAUUUCCUGAGUUUGUAGGGAAUUUGCAACUAAUCCUAAACUAAUCUGGGGAUUUAAUCAUGACCAGACUCUGUGAGAGACUGGGGACAUAAAAUCCACAGAUGUAAAUCAGUAAAAUAAUAAAAAAUUACAUCUUAUAAAUGAAAUUUAAUAGCAUUGGUGAUUGUUAUGGUAAAAAUAUAUGGUAUCAAAGAACAGGGCAAUAGAAAAAACAAAAUCCGGUCAUUAUUAUCCAGACCAAAAUGACACAGAUUAUUCCUAUUCUGAAUUUAUAUUAUCUUAUGUUAAUGCUUGUCAUUUGUUAAUUUAACUGGACUUCGAACCCUCUGUCCAAAAUGUAUAUAAAUUUGAUUAAAAUAAUCACCCUGAUGCUGGUAUAUGCAUGAGCAGGUAUGUACAGUGUACUUUAUCUGUUGUGUUUCGUUUUUAAUGGACCAAAAUAAAAUGAAUGGCUGUAAA